AUUAUUAUACAUGUAUAUAACAACCUAUCUCCUAUAAUGAUUCUUUCCCGUUACAACAUACAACCGAAAAUCCCAAACCAGCAUAUUCCAAGAUGAGCGGAGAACAGACGGGGUCGAUGGAGGAGCAGCAGAAGGGCAUGAAAGCACCACUGCUGCCAGUCCAAGAUUCAGCAUCACACAGCAGCAACCAGCAAGUGAUGACCCUGAAAUCAUUUCUAACACUGAAGAACUUGUACAUAAUCCUAGGACCCUUGCUAUCCCUGCUGAUAUGCUUGUUGGUAAAGCUGAAGGAUGCUCCGGCAAGUAGCGUGAAGAUGCUGGCGGUGAUUGCAUGGGUAUUCGCGUGGUGGGUGACGGAGGCGGUGCCGCUGCCGGUGACUUCGUUGUGCCCCCUGUUCCUGUUCCCUCUCUUUGGAAUCGGUUCUGCGGAUAGUGUUGCUCACUCUUACAUGGACGAUGUAAUCACCCUUGUUUUGGGUAGUUUCAUUCUUGCUCUCGCUGUUGAACGAUACAACGUUCAUAGAAGAUUGGCUUUGAAUGUAACGCUGUUGUUUUGUGGCGACCCGCUAAACCCAGCAAUGCUACUCAUGGGUCUGUGCGCCACCACAUUCUUUGUAAGCAUGUGGCUCCACAACGUGGCGGCGGCGGUCAUGAUGAUGCCCGUGGCCACGGGUAUCCUGCAGCGGCUACCACCGCCCAGCGAGCAGUCGGAGGCGGUCAACAAGUUUAGCAGGGCAGUUGUGUUGACUGUGGUGUACGCUACACCCAUCGGAGGGAUAAGCACGCUAACGGGCACGGGAGUCAACCUUAUUCUGAUUGGGAUGUGGAAGAGCCUUGUGCCUGGUGCCAAGCCCAUUAGCUUCAGCACCUGGUUCUUCUAUGGCUUCCCUGUCGCUGCUGUCUUGCUCAUUGCCUUCUGGUGCAUCAUGUGCUCCCUCUAUGUUCAAAAGGGCUCGGCCCGGGCCUUGUCUGCUUACUUGGAAAAAGCCCACUUGAGGAGGGACCUUGAAGCUCUAGGUCCAAUGUCUUUUGCUGAGAAGAUGGUCCUGUCUGUUUUUGGGCUGCUGAUCUUACUAUGGAUGACUAGAAAUAUCACAGAUGAUAUUCCUGGAUGGGGAUCUUUAUUCAAUAACCUUGUUGGUGACGGAAGUGUUAGUGUUUUGGUAGCUGUGUUAUUGUUCAUAAUCCCAAACAUGAAGCAAGAAGGGGAGAAGCUAAUGAGCUGGAAUGAAUGCAAGAAGUUACCAUGGAACCUAAUAUUACUGCUAGGAGCUGGUUUUGCCUUAGCAGAUGGAGUGCAAUCUAGUGGGCUAGCAGAUGUGUUUUCAAGAGCCAUAGAUUUCUUGGAAGAUGCACCAUUCUGGGCAAUUGCACCUGCUGUUAGUCUAAUUAGUAGCAUAAUCACUGAGUUCAUAACUUCCAAUGAUGCCACUGCCACACUUAUUGUGCCACUAUUGUACCACAUUGCUAGGACUAUGCAUGUGCACCCUCUUCUUCUCAUGGUUCCCGGAGCAAUUGCAACCGAAUUUGCCUUCUGGCUUCCAACUUCCACACCUUCAAAUGUUGUUGGAUUUGCCACUGGUCACAUUGAAAUUAAGGACAUGCUUAAGCUCGGUGUCCCUCUUAAGGUUGCCGGGAUUGUCGUCCUGUCCAUUCUCAUGCCCACACUAGGGAGUGUUGUUUUUGGAACAAAUGAUGGAACUCAAUGGGUGACACAGGCAAAAGCUCCUAUACGGACGUAAGUAUUGGAAAAAAAAAAAAAAAGAAGAUAAAAAAAAAGAAAUACCCUCCCUGUUGUCCUGUACAUAGUAGUAUAUCAAUAGGAAAAAGAAAAAAGAAAGAAGGGAGAGAAAGAUCUCCGUCUCUAUUUGUUUCUUGAUUUUAAUUUAUAUCUUUGCUCUGUGGAAGAGAAGAUUUUAUCAAUUUAUGUUGUAAUUUGUUUUCUUUCACCAAUAAAAAAACAAAUUGAAGAUUUGUUUUACAGGUCAA